AAUGAGAAAAAAUAAUAAAGUUUAGCCUGCCAAUUAAGUUUAGGUGAUUGCUUAAGUUACUACAAGUCCAGAAAUCUCAUAAAAGGCUCUUACAACAAUACCAGAUCAAUAAGGCAAUUAGAAAUAAAUUGAUCCUAGACUUAUUGCAGGACCAUUGGCAGAUAGAGGUUGCACAGAUAUACUUUGUUUACUACUUUUUAUUGCAGGGAUGGCUAUCUUAAUGUAUUAAAUAUAUUUAAAGUAGAUUUAUCUCUUAGGAAGCUUAUUCUAAAGGAGAACCAGAAAGACUUCUUGCAAUGUAUGAUCCAAAUGGUAAAAAUUGUGAAAUAUUUAAUGAUAGGUGUUGCUUGUGGAUUUGAUAAUAAUAAAGAUUACCCUUAUUUGUAUUUUGCAAUACCUUUUGGAGAUUACUUCAAUAGAACAGUCUGUGUGAAAGAAUGUCCUUUAUAUGCAGAUGAAAAUUCCAAACCAACUUCUCUUGCUUGCCAACCAAACAUUUUGGUUAAAAGUUGUGAAAAGAAAUGUGAUGCUGCUAGUGCACUAAAGACAUUUGCAACAUCUAAUAGUACUGAUGUAUUCAAAGAUUUCUUAUGUAUCUUCAAUUCAUCAAUCUGUAAAUUAUAAAUAUUAAAUUUUAGUAUUUGAUCGUGUUUGUUAUCCAGAUGCCUUAUUAGCUUUAUUCGAUAACUAUUAAGAGUAUGGUUCUUAAUUUGCUAUGGAUGUUUUGACUGGUUACAUAGAAGAUUUAACAUAAACAAAGGAAGCUAUAUAUUGUUCAUUUGCUGUUGCAUUUUUAAUGGGGUAUAUAUAUAUAUAAUAUUAUAUUAUAGAAUAAUUUAUUUGUUUUUCACAAGAUUGUUAGCUGGAGUAUUGGUUUGGACAUCUAUAUUUCUCUUUUUAGUAGGUUUGGGAUUCGGAACAUAUUGGUGUCAUUAAUAAGAUCUCUAUUACUAAGAUAUCAUGAAUGAUACAACAGGAAAAUAUACAGUGGAAUAAACCAAUAAAGCAUCAGAUAAUUAAUUAACAUUUCAAUAUUUAACAUAUGUUAUGUAUGGUAUUUGUGCUUUUGCUGUUAUUGGAUUAAUUUGCAUAUUCAAUAAAAUAAGAUUAGCUAUAGCUGUAAUUAAAACUGCAGCUAUGUGUGUGAAGGAUCAUUUCUUAUUAAUCUUUGUUCCUUAAGUUACUGCAAUAGUCUUGGCAGGUCUUUGGUUUUGGUGGAUAUAUACUGCUGCAUAUGUAUAUGCUGUUGGAGAAAUUAAAGGAACAGGUAGUAGUCCAUUUGCUGAAGUAACACAUACAGAAUUGUAAAUAUAAUAUAUUUGGUAUUUCAUAUUUGGUGGAUUAUGGAUAAAUGCAUUCAUUUAAGCUUUGAAUAAUUUUGUGAUUGCUUCUACUUGUUGUUUUUGGUAUUUUGCACAAUAAGGUGCUGGAGGUGAUGAAAGAGCUAUUUCAUAAUCUCUUUAUAGAGCAUUUAGAUAUCAUGCUGGUUCAUUAGCAUUUGGUUCUUUAAUUUUAGCUAUUGUAUAACUUAUUAGAAUCAUGUUAGAAUAUGUUAGAUAUUAAACUGAAAAAGUAGCUGGUUCUGAAAAUAAAGCAGUCAAAUGUUUAUUAAGAUGUUUGAGUUGUUUAAUGGCAUGUUUUGAAAGGUUCAUUAGAUUUUUGAAUAAUAAUGCUUACAUUAUGAUUGCUUUAACUGGUAAAAACUUUUGUUCUGCUGCUAAAGCUGCUUUUGAAACUAUUUGGGCUAAUAGUAUGAGAUUUUCUUUAGUUAAUGGCAUUGGUGGAGCAUUCAUUUUUGUUGGUAAAUUCUGCAUCUCAAUUGUCACUUUAAUGAUCUUUUAUUAUGUAAUUACAACUAUGGAUUAAUUUAAAGAAAAGAUAUUCUCUCCAGUUUUUCCUUGUAUUGUAAUAUUAUUGAUUAAUUUAGGUUGUUUUCAUUAUAGCAUAUGCAUUAGCUGUACUUUUUAUGUCAAUUUAUGGAAUGGCAUGUGACACUGUGCUAUUAUGUUUUAUUUUUGAUGAAGAUUUAAAUAAAUAAAAUGGUGGUUUAAGUGCAUCUAGAUGUCCUGAAACUUUAAAGGAAUUUCUUGAAUAACCAGAGAUGGCAAAUCUAAAAUAAGCAUGA